GGCCUGCGUUCCCACCCAUCCUGUCGCCGUGUCCUCUGCCGGUGUUAGGGCAGAGGCAGCCGUUCCAUGCGGACGUGUUGCUGUGCUGUGUGUUGCAUCCUGCCCACGUGGUAGGGUGUCUCUCCCCCACCCCCUCCAUUUUUGCAGCUGGUGAGGAGGGAGGUCCGCGGGUGGUUUUCCUCUGUGAUUUCCUCCGGCUGGCGUGGAAGGCGUCGGGGUCAGUUUGCCUUGCUGAGGCCGGCGGUGGUUAGCUGGAGGAAGCAGGAGUUGUGCUCUCUGCAAUCGAGGCCAGUAGGAGACAUAACAGGGCUUCUUCACUGACGCCUUUCCUUCUCUGGAGCUGCUCUUGUGCUGUUCUCUUCUGCGUAGUCCUACGGAGAGAAUAAGCUCUAGCUGCUGCAGCGUCGAGGGGUAUGGUUUUCACUUCUCCGUUUUGCUUUUUGUGUGUGUAGUCGGCGAAAGUUGUUCUUUUCUGUGUUGUGCAGUCCACGUCUCUGUUGUUCCUGGUUGGACUCCCGAAUGAGAUUCUCUUUGUGGCCAGAUGGGUUUGUAUGGACAGGCUUGUCCAUCUGUAACUUCAUUAAGGAUGACAUCUGAACUGGAGAGCAGCUUAACAUCUAUGGACUGGUUACCACAGCUCACGAUGAGAGCAGCCAUCCAAAAAUCUGAUGCUACUCAAAAUGCACAUGGAACAGGAAUUUCCAAGAAGAGUGCACUCCUUGACCCAAAUACAACCCUGGACCAGGAAGAAGUCCAACAGCACAAAGAUGGGAAACCUCCAUACAGUUAUGCCAGCCUCAUUACAUUUGCAAUUAAUAGCUCACCCAAAAAGAAAAUGACUCUAAGUGAGAUUUACCAGUGGAUUUGUGAUAACUUCCCAUAUUAUAGAGAGGCUGGCAGUGGUUGGAAGAAUUCCAUACGACAUAAUCUGUCACUGAACAAAUGUUUCCUUAAAGUGCCUCGAUCCAAGGAUGACCCUGGAAAGGGGUCCUAUUGGGCAAUAGACACCAAUCCGAAGGAAGAUGCGCUGCCUACUCGGCCAAAGAAGAGAGCACGAUCUGUAGAACGGGCCUCAACUCCAUAUAGCAUAGAUUCAGAUUCUUUGGGAAUGGAGUGUAUUAUUUCGGGAAGUGCUUCUCCAACUCUGGCAAUCAACACUGUGACUAACAAAGUAACGUUGUACAACACUGAUCAGGAUGGUAGUGAUAGCCCACGCAGUAGCCUUAACAACAGUCUCUCAGACCAGAGUUUGGCAUCUGUUAAUUUGAACAGUGUUGGAAGUGUGCAUAGUUAUACACCAGUGACAAACCAUCCAGAACCAGUCUCUCAGUCAUUAACUCCUCAACAGCAGCCACAGUACAACCUUCCAGAACGAGACAAACAACUUCUUUUCUCAGAAUAUAAUUUUGAAGAUCUCAGUGCCUCAUUUCGGAGCCUUUAUAAGUCAGUUUUUGAGCAGUCACUUAGUCAACAAGGUUUGAUGAACAUCCCUUCUGAAUCUUCCCAGCAGUCCCACACUUCGUGUUCUUAUCAGCAGUCUCCUAGCAGUACAGUGAGCUCUCACCCACACAGCAACCAAAGCAGCCUGUCCAACAGUCAUGGCAGUGGCCUCAACACCACGGGCAGUAAUUCGGUUGCGCAAGUCUCGCUGUCCCAUCCCCAGAUGCACACACAGCCGUCUCCACAUCCGCCCCAUCGACCUCAUGGUUUACCGCAGCGUCCUCAGCACCCAGCACCGCACCCACAGCAACACAGCCAGCUCCAAUCCCCUCACCCCCAGCACCCCUCUCCACAUCAACACAUACAGCACCAUCCAAACCAUCAGCAUCAGACGUUAACACAUCAGGCGCCCCCACCCCCACAACAGGUAUCCUGUAAUUCUGGUGUUUCAAAUGAUUGGUAUGCAACACUUGAUAUGCUAAAAGAAAGCUGUCGAAUUGCCAGCAGUGUUAAUUGGUCAGAUGUAGACCUUUCACAGUUCCAAGGUUUGAUGGAGAGUAUGAGACAGGCAGAUCUCAAGAACUGGUCUUUAGAUCAGGUUCAAUUUGCUGAUCUCUGUUCUUCUCUUAAUCAAUUCUUUACACAAACUGGCCUUAUCCACUCACAGAGUAACGUUCAGCAGAGUGUCUGUCACGGUGCCAUGCAUCCAACAAAACCUUCCCAACACAUUGGGGCAGGAAAUUUGUACAUAGACUCCAGGCAAAAUCUCCCUCCUUCAGUGAUGCCGCCCCCUGGUUAUCCUCAUAUUCCACAGGCACUCAGCACUCCAGGAACAACGAUUGCAGGCCAUCACGGAGCCAUGAGCCAGCAGCACAUGAUGCCUUCCCAAGCCUUCCAGAUACGGCGCUCUCUGCCUCCAGAUGACAUCCAGGAUGACUUUGAUUGGGAUUCCAUUGUGUAGAGCUUGUCUCUGCAAGGCACGGCCCCAGCGUCACCUGUGUGUGCAGUGAAGGGAAAGGUUUAAGAGAAUCCAGUUGAGAAAACAAAGUUGCUAAUCACUUUACCAAUGUUAUCAACAUUUCUUUUGAAGACAAUCAGAAAGAUUUUAGCUGGAUAACUUACUGCUUUUAUCUGACCCGAAUAAGUACUACGUUUGUCUCGCUGCCAGCUGCCCUCUGUAGCUCCUAACUGUUGUGUGAUUUGGACGGCUUUUGCAUAUUUGUGUCAGUUUGAUGUUGACCACAAGUGCCAGACUGAUUUUUCAGACAGAGCCUAUUUUGCUGCAAGCAGUUUAUAGAUACAUAUGUGUAAAUAUAUGUACAAAAAUUACUGGAAGGCUUCGAUUUUUUUCUAAUUGGAUUAUACGUCUUGAAAAGAAAGUUACUGUGAGUUUUUAUUCCUUAUUAGGCUGUUUUCUGCAGAAUGCUUUUAAACUGAUGUAGGCAACUGAAAGGAAAUAGAUUUUUUCAAAGCCCAGUUCCCCUUAUUUAAUCUUUUUCAGAAAUGUGGUUAUUGAGUUCUACUCAGUAAGUCAAAGAACCCAGAGUUUGAUGCCCUCCAAACAGUCCGAAGGGGCAUGUUGUUCCUGAGCAGCAUAAAGAACUGACCAAAUUUGUUUUGAUGCUUAGGGGAUUAUAGAGUUUAUGUUGUACCUUGUCAAUAUGUGUUUUCCUAAAUCUGCAUUAUAACAGUUCUAAGAUUUAUUUGAUCAAUUAGAAGCUGGGCAUUGCAUGGAUCUUUAAACAAAUCAAUGCCUCCGUAUUCACUUAUGUAUUUAUUAUUCAAAAGUGUUAUUUUAAUAUUUAUUGCCACCUUCUGUGAAUGCUCAGCUCUUGUUGGGUUCAUUAAGGAGAAAUGUGGUGUCUGAAAGCAUAGAAUUAUUUUUCUUGAUAAGAGUUUACAGAUAAGACAAUCAGAGAGAGAUUGUGUCAUUCUCUUUAUCAUCACUUCUUUUACCAUGUGAGUAUGUUUCUGUAUCUUAGCAUUCUUGUUGAUUGAGACUUACUAGCUAAAUAGGAUUUUUCUGGAAUUUGCAUCAGAGUUCAUUUGGGCAACAGAACAGCAGGACAGUGUUUAUAAAGCAAGUUUCCACACUCAUUAUCUUUCCAUUUAGGAGAUGCUGAAAGGAGGAUGGAGCCACACACAGAUUUUAUAUGCCACAGUCUUUGGUGCAAUUAUUGUGAAGUAGCCUGCUGUUUCUGUUGUCCUGUGUGUCUGUGUAUGCAUGACAUUUGGUUACUUUCUUUGAAAUGCAGCCUGCCUCUUAGGGGUUUUUAUUAGUUUUCUGUUUUGCUUCACGUUGUAUCACAGUUACUUUGCAUGGAUUGAUUGUCUUAGUUUUAUAAUAAAACUAAAAGAAAUUAGAUUUUUUUUAAAUGAAUAGUGUUUUUUUUUUGUGUGUGUGAGAAAGAUUAGUCCUGAGGUAACAUCCGAUGCCAAUCCUCCUCUUUUUGCUGAGGAAGAUUGGCCCUGGGCUAACAUCCAUGUCCAUCUUCCUCCGCUUUACAUGGGACGCCACGACAGCAUGGCUUGACAAGUGGUGUGUCGGUGUGCGCCCAGGAUCCAAACCUGCGAACCUCAGGCCACAGAAGCGGAGUGCGCGCAUGUAACUGCUGUGCCACCAGGCCGGCCCUGAAUGACUAGAUUUUGAAUUGGUUCUUUAGACCAAAAAAAAGCAGAAUUUCUUUCAGUUCUUAUGGGGAAAUGAUAUGUUCUAUCAAAUCAAGUGGUAGUAACUGCUAGGGUUUCUUUUUAGCUUCUCGGAUCUCUCUCAGCUAUGCAUAAAUCCUUUAAUUAGCCUUAGUGAUUCUGUGGUUUAGUAACCUCUACUUGAAUGAAACAAACAUCUUUGUUUCUGUGUGUAUGUAUGUGAGAGUGUUUGUGAAUGUGUGUGGGUGUUACUUUUAAUGGAGUGUUGCCUUGAAUGAAUCACUGGGAAGCCAGCCAUGGUAAAGGUUUGUGAGGUUGGGGAGAAAGGAGGGCUUUAUGUUCCUGUUGUUUGGACUCUGCUUGGUGUGAAAAAGGAGGCUCAGUUCUAGCCCCUUGGAUUGGUGAAAAUCAGAUGAUUCUGGAAAGGCAGCCAACAGACCUCUCUUAGAUUGAUCAGAGGCAAGAUGAAAUAGCAGCCUGCAGAGUAAAAGCUUAAAAAGGGGGUUGGGGGGUGAUUUUCAAUAGUCUGCUCAAGUCACUGUUUUCUAGACACCAAAAUAGCUGUUUUGAAACUUUAAAUUGCUUGGGUAGCAAUGUGCACUUUAAACAAUUUGGGUAUUAGAAUGCAGUCUCUUAUAUUGAGUGAUUAGGGUAGAAAUCACUAACGAAGAUUUUACAAAUUGUGUGAAGCAGUUUUCCCAUUUGGCAAUCACUUACUGAUUUGCAGUGAUCAGUAUUUUUAUGAGAAUUUAAACUUACCAAGAAUGGCCAUGGAGGAUGAGCCAUGGGUCUAACCCAGACCCAUCUCGCUCUUGUGAUUCUGGUGGCCUGGGAGCCCAGGACAGGCCGCCUCAGUGGGCUCCCGCCAGACAGGGCUGCCUGGUGAGGGCAGAGGAUCCCUCUAGUGGCCAUUUCAGUUGGUAGUUGUUAAUGCAGAGCAAGUUCUGUCGUGGGCUUAAAUUGACUGAAGACUUUUGGGGAAAAUAAUAAUAAAUGCAUAUAAUCAAAAGGGGUACUCUGUCCAGGAGAAUAAUCCGACUGGCAUUUGUGGCAGUUUUUGAAAUGUAAAUGUAUUCAUGUGUGUUCUUGUAAAUACAUGUCUCUCAGAUGUCCUUUGAAGUGGGAGGGAAUCAAUCCGGGGAUUAUUUCAAAUGGAAUAGAGUAUUUUGAUAUUGUUCAUUCAGAGGGUGAUAUGUACAUAUCUAUAUUGUAUAUAUGUGAUGAAAAUGCAUUGGCUUUUUGUGCAAACAAUCUGCUCUCUGUACUGCUGUUGGACAGUCAGUGUUUUAAUGUUUCUACAGUUUUGCUAUUGCACGGUUUCAUAUUUUGCCUCUAUGAUGAACGGCACCCAUUCUUUGUAACUGUUUAGUGCUGUAAAGAAAUAUUCCCAGUGUCAUUGGGAUUGUUGCUGCCAGAACUGAUAUGCAUGAAUGGCACUUAAAAUAAAUAUAUUAUGUUAACUCUA